AGGGGGGAGCACCAGGGAUAACUGCCCCGAAGGUGGUGAGGACACGCAGGCCUACUUUGUGGUGAGCGGGGCUGAUAGUGAGGGUAGGCGCGGGUGGUGAUGGUAGGGAAGCAAGAAGAAAGGACCGUCGAUCGCGGCGACGAUAAGCUUUUGCUGGCUGGCAGAUUAUCGAGCCGUUGCGGACCUAAGUCCGCGACUUGCUGGCCGAUGGCGAGCUCGCCGCUCGUGCUCGUGCUCGCCGCUCGUGCUCGUGCUCACACUUCUUCCUUCUUCCUAUCUGACUCGCUUGGCUGGCAACGAGCGAACAAACACAGCGUCCCUCCUCGUCCGCUCUUGCACCACGACCACUUUCGAGUCAAUCAGGUCCCGCUCAGCGACGACCCCUCAGCGGCGGAAGAACAAAAACAAGGUCGAAAAAGGGACCAAAAGGGCCCGUGCGCAAGCUCAGCCGGGCCGAUAAACGGUCCGAAGGCACCUCGCCAGCUCUCUCAGCUCGCAACCCGUGGGCGGUGCAGCGCAAGAGCACGGCAGCGAGCAGGGUGUGGCACCCCAUCUUCCUCGCUCAGCUCGCUCGCCAUCAAUGCCUCGAAUGUCGGAGCAGUCAGAAGCACUUCGCACCAGGCCAUAGCAGCCAAUGUGACCCGGGUAUGAUACAAUUUAAGGUAAAGCGGGGCCAUCGAGUCAUAUGACGGGUCAGACCAAAAGAAGACAAGGCGCGGCGCACCCGCAUUGAGUGGCCGAGCAGGGUAGCGCGGAGGAGGACGGCGCCGAGAGGGUAAGGUU